CGGUUUCGGACGAACACGGUGGGAUGCGUGCUCGGCGGGCUGUUGCCCGGGCCGAGCCCCGGACUCGCUGAGCAGCCUGACGAGUUCGGACAGCAUCAGCUGGCACCUUUGCCUCGUGCUGGAACCUGGCGGGUGCGUGCAGGGCGCAGGCUUCUCCUUGAGCUGGUCAACCCGACUUAGGCUCAGCCCCCGACCUCUCACCUCGGCACCUCCUGUUUAUCCUCUGCCCCCCACCGCCCUAUCAUCACCCCCAUGAGCGCGCGCGCACACACACACACGCACACGCACACGCACUACCACCAAAGGACUUGCCCCUUGGGUAGUGUCGGGGCUCCCAGCGCGGUUGAGGGGCAGGCGCCUCCCUGUCCCCUCCCCACUACCCCCUUCCUCUGCUCUAGGUUUUACUGCAGCAGCUGGAGGUGACAGCGACGCCUCAGCCUCCUCCUCAGUUGCUCUCGGAGCCCGGGUUUCCCCUGCCAUCCGGAAAGCGCCCCCUCCUAAGAGGCUGGUCCCCGAGGAAGUGAGAACGAGCUGCAGACAACUACAUUUUAAAACGCAGAAGUCGCUGUGCUGCAUUCCUCCGAGACAAGCCUGAUCGCCCAGGACAGGGGCCGCGCCUGGAAGUUGGGACCCGGGAGCAGGGGGGAGGGGAGCGGUGCAGCCGCACACGCUUCUGGAAGGACCCAGCCGCCGGGAGCCUUGCGGUUGGACACAAGUUUGCGUCAGAGUGUUUUCCUUUUGUCAAUAAUUAAUCACCGGAAUCAGUCUGGCAGAAGUGGAGUUUUAGCAGUGAUGCGGAAGGCGGGGCCCAACACCUAACUCCGGGAGUCUCAGGGUGCCCCGCGCAGAGAGGAGCUCAGAGCAGCUGGGGAGGAGCCAGAGCAUCCGUGCUCAGCUAAAGCCGCAGGGAAUUGCCUGCAACCCAGAGAUGAAGCAGUAGAAACCCAGAAAGGAGAAUUCACUAUUCAAGAUCAUCCUGAGGAGAAGUGAAACAGAAGACCAGAGCUGGAUACCUCCGGCAAGGGUAGAUUUGCCACAACUUGAAGAAGCUUGCAAGCAUGGAUUUCAAGCAUGUGAAAGAAUAUUUCUGUUGGCUCUACUAUCAAUACCAAAUCAUUACAUGCUGUGCUGUCUUGGAGCCCUGGGAGCAAUCCAUGUUCAACACUGUCUUACUGACCAUCCUUGCUAUGGUAGUGUACACUGCCUAUGUCUUUGUCCCUAUCCACAUUCGCCUGGCUUGGGAAUUUUUCUCAAAACUUUGUGGAUAACACAGUACAAUUUCCAAUUGAUCUGAUUUGCACUCUUUGCAGUGGUAUUACAUAUUUAUGUUGCUUGUAACUCAUUGAUUUAGGUGACUACUAGGUCAGCUUUCACUCUCUGGCCAGAAAAGCAUUCUUCUCUGUGCACUCUUACAUACUGCCUGAGUUUCAGACAGAUAUUUCUCUAAUUUCUUUUGUACAUGCUGCGUAGAAAAUACAAUGACUUGACCUCAUAUACCACGUUCACUCAAUCAGAAUUUAUCACUUUACUUUUUUUUAAUUAGGCUGGCUUUUUACCAAUUUUUCCUGAAAAAUAAUCUGAUAAGAGACCCUACCAGAAUUGUAUUAAAAUGCUCCCUUAAUAUAUAUUCUAUACUGAAGUAUAUACUACAAAAAAAAAUCCUUUAUACGCUACUGUCAAAAGUAUCCUAUCUUUGUUUACAAUAUAGAAAAAGAUGUGAAUAAGUUAUGUUGACCCAUUAAAGUUUUAUUUUCUAGUAAACUGAUAAUACCUAAAAUGCUCUUAUUUCUUUUAAUUAAAUUUACUUAAAAUUCUCCAACCUGAAUGCAAAAGAGCAGGCUGGGGGAAAUUAUUUUCUUUCCAACAUGGGUCAUAAGUUGUUUUAAAUUUUGAAAUCAACAAUGGUAAUUUUAGAUAAACAAGUAAGUGUCAUAAUGCAUACUAAGAAACUAAAUAUAAUCAAAGUAAAUUCAGAUAUUGUGACUUUUGAUGUUGCUUUGCCUUUGCAUGAUACUGGGGGGUAGAGAGGGAAAAACUUGUUUCCUUUCUAUGAUUUCACUCAGUGGAGGAAAAAAAGCAUGUACUGAGUACAGGAAGAAAAGCUAAUAAGUAGGCUGGAAGUAAUAGUCUACCAGCAGGAACUCAGCAGCUCUAGUUAAAUGCUUUGAUACAGUGGCUCCUUUGCAGAGCAGAAACAAAAUUUAUUGCAUUUCUUUCAAAAUGGUUAUUUUAAAAGCAAAUAUAAGUUUUAAUUAUACUGCUGAAUCAAAUGUGAAUGCCAAAGACCAAGCCUUGCAGCUUUUAUUUCCUCUUAAUAAAUACUAAUGUUAGUAAUUCUGGAAGAUAGUAAUAUACAUUGGGUUUGGACAAUAUUUGUGCCUUUGUUUUUUUAGGGAAAAAAAUCCAAGGAGAGCUAGAAAGAAAAAUGUUUGGCAUGCCAAAUUAACUUGCAUGUUUGUUAAAUAGCAAACAAACACAUGUUUUGAAGAGAAAUCAAGUCUGAAUAUGUUUUUGUUGACUUUUGCAAAAUAAAAUUAAGUUUAAUUUUAUAAAUAAAA